AUGAUUUCGUUGUUCACGGUAAACUUGCUCAAGAUCUUUUUAGUGAAUCAAUUAAUUCGAUUUUACAAAAUAUAUGUGAUGAUAAACCAUGGAAACAAGACAUGGAUUAUAUUUUAUCCAUUUUAUCCGUAACUUAAGAGAUUGAUGAUGACUUUGGAAAAUUUUCAAAUUUAAUUAUAUGUAAUGAUUUAUUAAAAAUAAAUUCAAUUCCAUUAGAAAAAAUCAAAGAAAUUAUUUAUUUAGGAAAGUCCGGCAAAAAACAAGAAUUUAUUACAGCUGAAAUUAUUAAUUUGGUAUUUAAUAGUUUAGAUGAUAAUAAUAAUGAUAUAACUCCAAUUAUAUCAUUUAUUUCAUUUAUUACAAGAAAUCUUAAACUAAUCCCUUUAGAAUCUGAUGCUCGGUUAAUUCUUUACAAAAAUAUAUUUUCACAAAGUUCUUUCAUCUUAAUGAAUAGUAUUAUUGAAAAAAUAUUUACUAUUGAAUUUCAACAGAAUAAGGAAAUAUUUUUUAUGCUAAUGAAGAAUCCUGAAGAAUCUUUACAAUCAAUUAGAUUAAAAACUAUUAAUGAUAAUAUUAAAGAUAUCGACUCAAAUAUAGCAGAACUUUGCUGUAAUAUAAUUCAAAAGAUUUUCAGUAAACUCGAAUUCAAUGAAUUAUUACCUUACUUCAAGUAUGCAAUUGAAUCAUUUGUACAAGAAGAUUUGCUUUUACAGCAAAUAUUCAUUUUACAACAAAUAACUUCAAUAGCAUUUUUAAAAGAAUUUAUAAAUCAAUUUUGGAAGAAAUAUUUUUCAUUAUCUUCAUCAAUGAUCAAAGAAAUUAAUGAUAUUAUGAAAAUUAAUAAUGAUAAUCCAUUUAUUCAAUCUAUUCGAUCUUAUUUUGCAUUAGAAUUAAAUUCCUUUAAUUAUAUAAAACAACAUGAGAUUGUUAAGGAAGAAUUUACAUGGUUAGAUGAUUGUAAGGAUAAGAAAAUAACUUAUCUUUCUAAACUUUUAAAACCAAUUAAAAGAAUAAAUUUUGAAGUUAGUACUAGAAACUUGGACAAAAAUUCAUUUCUUUCAAUAUUUUUUAAAUAUCAUGAAAGUUUAAAGCUCAUGAAACAUCUUUAUCCAAUUAUCAGAUUUGUGAAAAUUUUAAGCUUUAAACUUGAACAUCGUUUAACUAAAAAAGAGGCUCAAAAUAUGACAUUUCAUGAAUUUAUUAAGAAAGAAUCUGCAGAUGAUAAUGAUUAUGUUAAUGCUAAUUUAAAAUCUUUAUUUGAAGAAUUUGCUUUUAGUUGGAAUUAUAUUAUUAAUUAUAUUUUUGAAUAUCAAUGUAAAGAAUUACCUCAUAACAAACUAUUUAUGAAUCUUGAUCUUCCUGUGAUAUUUGGAUUAGUUGAACAAAAAGAUAAUGGAAUUUAUUUAUGUGCAAUUGUAGAUUUUUUAAUUAAAUUACAUAAUGAAUUUUUGGAUAAUAUAAUAGCAAUUCCUAUUGGAAAAUGUGAAUACCUUAAAUUUUUAGAGGAUUCAUCUUUUAAUAAAUUAACUCCUAAAACAUAUUUCAUCAUACCAAAAAAGGUUGAUCAGGCACAAGAUAAUAAUUUCAUUAAUUAUGAUUGGGAUGAUAAAAUUUUUAAAUAUAAUCAAAGAAAUUUGGAAAUAGAGGAUGAUAAAAAUCUUAUAUUUGAUUUACAAAAAAUUGAAAUGAAAUUGGCUAAAAAGUUAAUUCAUAACAAAGUUUAUUUUGAGAUGGAAGAUAAUCAAUUCUAUUUAAAAAAUUUUUCAUUCAAGCAUGAAUUAUUUUAUUAUUCUCCAAGAAUUCUUUUUGAAAUUAAAAAUAUAUUACCACAGGAACCUAUUUCAGAAGAGAAAAGAUUAAUAAUUUUAGCAUUGCUUGAUCCAUCAAAAUCUUUAUAUAAUUCAUCAAAUUCAAUUGAUUUACCUGAAGUAAUCUCUCUUUUUGAAACCAUUCUUUGUUUUAUCAAAGAAUUAUCAAUUAAACAUAAUAAUAUACUUAUUUUAGAUUUAAUUGAUCAAUGGUUAAAGUUAAUGAGGUAUGAUAUAACAUAUGCAGAUAUACUUAAAGAAUUUUCUUUAAAACAUAUUAUAUCAUUUUAUGAAUUAAUUGAGGAACAAGUUGCUAAUUCAAUAAUCGAUAAGAUUGAUGAAAAAUUUAAAACUCCGUUAACACAACAAAUGAAGGAUUCAAUUAAAAAUAUCAUAGAUUAUGAUGAUUCAGAAAAUCAAAAUCAACAACGUAUUCCUGCUAAAGCAUUUGCAUUUGCUUUAAAAAGAUUCAUUUAUAGAUUUUUAUUAGUAGAUUUUAAUAUUGAAAAUUUAAAUUUAAAUACAUAUUUUUUAGAUUUUACUUUAAAUUUAUGGAGUGAUGUUUAUGAAGAAUCAGUUGAAAAAUUAUUUCCUACUUGUUUGUUAGUAUCUCAUGCUUAUAAUAGUUAUAAUUUUAUUGUUGAAGAAAUUGAGAAAACAAUGAAUGAAAGGCAAAAUAGUAGAAGAGGUAAAUACAAAAAACAUAAAAAGUAUACAAGUUGAAAGAUUUAUUUGUAUUAUUAACAUAGUAGUCUUGUUAUAAAUUUAUUUGUAAACAUUAUUAAAAUUCAAUAAAUAAAAGUUCUAGCCUUUAACAUGACUAUUAAUUAAUAA